AUGGCUUCUCCGAGACCUUCAUCACCUCUAACCUCCGGUCCUGAAUCCGGUCCCGAUUCCACUCCUUCUGCUGCCAAAACCAGUGGUUCGUCCUCGAUCGCACGCGCAGGCUCACCUCCUGGAGGUCCUCGAUCUGCGAUUCGACGUCGUGCAGCCGCCGACCACAAGGAAUCCGUCAAGAAUGCUCGACCGGCCUCGACACGUGCCGCCGGUGCAGGUGGCUCUUCAGGCACUAUGUUGCGACUAUACACCGACGAGAGCCCAGGAUUGAAGGUUGAUCCGAUGGUUAUCUUGUUUCUGAGUUUGGGUUUCAUUUUCAGCGUGGUUGCAUUGCAUCGUGAGUCCUUGCUUCAGCCGUUGUGA